UUCGAAAUUUCGAAUUUCGUUGCGAUGGACCCAAACCAAGGCGGAGAGAAGAAACAGAGAAGAAAGAGAAAGAGCCUGAAAGAAAUGGCCCGCUCUCUGGCUGUGGUACCAUGCGAAAGCGUACAGUCGGUUCAGACGAAGCCGACGACGGCGACUGUGAGCGCCGUUAGGGAGCAGUGGGAGGUCCACUUCGCUCUCUUCUUCCCUUAUCCUCCUCCUCCGAUCACCUCCACGUGUCCCGAUCUCGUACCUCUGGAUCCCAAGUACAGAAGGCGACGGCCACUUGACCGCUGGAUCUCUUCCUCCUCCUUAGCUCGGCUCCAACUUGCUCGCGAUCACUCCAACUCCGAAGUCGUCCUCACCGUCGGUUUCGCGGACAAGAUUCUGGAGGAGCACUAUGUUUCCAAGCUACAUUUUAUCUGGCCUCAGGUUUCAUGCAUGUCUGGAUUUCCUGCCAGGGGUACCAGAGCCAUCUUUGUCAGCUACAGAGAUUGUUCGGAAGAGAUCCAGAAAUUUGGUUUUCGAUUUUUGUCUCUCCAGGAGGCAGAGAAAUUCAUGAAUGCUUUGAAGGGUAUCUGCAAGGAAGGGAUGGAUACUGAACCUGUUAAUACUGACGUUGGAUCUGAAAUUUCAUCACAGUCUGAGCUCACGUCCUCUAAUAGACCCCUCAACCCGGCUUGCAAGGACUUGACUACCAUGACUCCUGUUCAGACUUAUACGCCUAAAAUAUCACCCAGCUUGUUGAAUAAUGAAGCUGAGCAAUACUCAUGCACUCAAGAAUUCACGCCUAUUGAUAACUUCCAGAGCAACUUUGCAGCCUUGCCUCCAAGUUUCACCUCAUUUCUAAGCAACUGUGGCCCUGUUGUUGAACAAGUGGCAACACAACCAACUGGAUCCCAGGAAGUCGAUCUCAAAUCCCAAAUCGCGAGAUAUAUGGAAGAUGCUUCCUUCCAAGAUAUGUUGUUUCAAGUGGAGAAAGUUAUCAGUGAAAUAGGAGGCGAUUCGAUGCUGUGAUUGUUCAUGGCCCUGCAUUAGCGUUUCCUCUUCGGUUGCCCAGCCAGGAGGUGGGAUUUUGUCACCUACAGCCCAAAACAUGUUCUUAUUCAAAUGAUAUCGUGGCAAUAACUCUGUUUCUUUUUCUUUAAUGCAAAUCUUUUGCAUGUCUUCUGCUAUACACUCUAAUAUUUUCAGUUAAAUUUAUUAGUUUUUUUUAUUCU